AUGCACGGCAUCUGGUGUAACGGAGCUGAUAAGACACCAAACGACCUUUAUGCUCACACACCCGGCCGAGACUACACCACCCCGACACCACCAUGGAAUGACGAAGACUGUGAUUCGUCAUAUCUGGGCUCUCCGUCUAUACGUGACUCGUCGUAUUUGAAUGAUAUGUCGACGUUGUCGCAUGAACUUGAGCGAAACACCCUGGGUAUAAUACCGGAAUUUCCCGGAUAUUGUUUAGGGCCACAGCUAGUUGGGUCGUUGUUGGAUUCGUCGUCGCUGGGUGUAGAUGCUGGGAUGUUGGAGGGUGGUGUGGUUGAUUUGUAUCAGCACGUGGGAAUGCUGACGCCUCCAUCAACUCCUAAAGCACCUGCCAAGCGUCGUGAUGAUGAUGAAGGCUCUCAAGAUGUGGUUGAUAAAUCUAGGUCGUCACGGGGUAGUAAAAAGUUGAAUGGUAUCCCGAAGGUGUCCAACAAACUUGGUAGAAAAAGGAAACAUGCUGGUGGUAACGUGUACGAGUGUCCGGAGUGUCGCAAGACGUUUUCAAGGUACGGACGUUUGUAA